AUGGCCACCGUUACUCAUCACUGCCUCCUCAAUCUUCCUCACAUCCCACCGCCAAUUAACCGCCCAAAACUCCCUCUACCUCCGUCUUCCCUCCCCUCUCUCUCGCUCUCGCGUCAAUCUCCCCUCUCUGCGUCUCUAUCUCUUUCCCCAGCAACCAUCCACUCUCCCUCUCCCUCACCUACUUCCUUCAAAAGCGAAGAUACAGAGUCCAUCAUCGAUGGGCUUUUCUACCUCCUCAGAUUAUCAUCCCAAUACGACGACGUAGAGGUAACAAAAGCCGUACACGCUUCCUUCCUCAAACUCAGUGAAGAAAAAACCAAACUUGGAAACGCCUUAAUCUCGACGUAUCUGAAGCUAGGGUUCCCACGCGAUGCUUUUCUCGUAUUCGUCUCUCUAUCUUCCCCCACGGUUGUGUCUUACACAGCUCUCAUCUCGGGUUUCGCGAGAUUAAACCUCGAGAUCAAAGCUCUUAAGGUUUUCUUCAAGAUGAGAAGCGAAGGUGUUAUCGAGCCUAACGAGUAUACUUUCGUCGCGGUUUUGAAUGCUUGCGUGAGGAGUUGUAGAUUCUCGUUGGGUGUUCAGAUUCAUGGGUUGAUUGUGAAAUCUGGGUUUUUGAGUUCUGUUUUCGUUGGCAACUCUGUGAUGAGUUUGUAUUCGAGUGAUGGUGUCGUCAAGGUGUUCGACGAAAUGCCUCAGAGAGAUGUUGUUUCGUGGAACACUGUGAUUUCGUGUUUGGUGAAGGAGGGUUUGUUUGGUGAAGCUUUUGAAUUGUUUUGUGAGAUGAAUAGAGUGGAAGGAGUUGAAGCUGAUAGCUUUACGGUUUCGACACUUUUGAGUGUUAGUGACUCGAUGAGAGGGAGAGAGCUUCAUGGUCGUGCGGUUAGAAUGGGGUUGAGGCAAGAGUUGAGUGUGAGUAAUGCUUUGAUUGGGUUUUAUGGUAAAUGUGGGGAGAUUAAAAAGGUUGAGAGUUUGUACGAGAUGAUGAGUGUAAGAGAUGGGUUUACUUUGACUGAGAUGAUCACAGCUUAUAUGGCGUUUGGGAUGGUGGAUUCCGCUGUUGAGAUGUUUGAGAAGAUACCUGAAAAAAACAAUAUUAGUUAUAACGCUCUAAUAGCUGGGUUCUGUAGAAACGGUUAUGGAUUGAAGGCACUGAGAUUAUUCACUGAAAUGAUUCAAAGAGGUGUUGAGUUGACGGAUUUUAGUUUAACAAGCGCUGUGGAUGCUUGUGGUUUAGUUUCGGAGAAGAAAGUAAGCGAACAGAUUCACGGGUUUUGCGUAAAGUUUGGAUGUGCUUCAAACCCUUGUAUCCAGACAGCAUUGCUUGAUAUGUGCACACGGUGUGAACGAAUGACAGACGCUGAGGAGAUGUUUGAGCUAUGGCCUUCUAAUCUGGAUUGCUCCAAGGCAACAACGUCAAUGCUCGGUGGCUACUCUCGGAAUGGCUUACCUGAAAAGGCUUUAUCGCUAUUCCAUCGAACUCUUAGGGAAGAGAAACUUGUUUUAGAUGAAGUUUCAUUGACUUUGAUCAUUGCCGUCUGCGGGACGUUAGGGUUUGGGCAAAUGGGUGAUCAGAUCCAUGGUUAUGCUCUUAAAGGUGGGUACUCUUCUGAUAUAGGAUUGGGGAAUUCUUUAAUUAGCAUGUACUCGAAAUGCUUCCACUUCAAUGAUGCCAUAAAGGUAUUCAACACAAUGCGAGAACACGAUGUUGUGUCAUGGAACAGCUUGAUUUCUUGCUACAUUCUUCAAAGAAAUGGCGACGAGGCACUGGCUAUAUGGUUGAGGAUGAAUAAAGAAGGUAUCAAGCCUGAUACCAUCACCCUCGCUCUUGUUAUUUCAUCAUAUAGGUAUACAGAGUCAAAUAAGCUUAGUACCUGCCGUGAUCUGUUUCUCUCCAUGGAGACUAUUCAUGGCAUUUUACCAACAACUGAACAUUACGCUGCAUAUGUCCGUGUUCUGGGUCAUUGGGGUCUUCUCGAAGAAGCGGAAGAGACAGUAAACUCAAUGCCGUUUCAGCCAGAGGUCUCUGUCUUGAGAGCGCUGCUAGAUAGCUGCAGAGUCCAUUCAAACACAAGCAUUGCAAAACGUGUAGAAAAGCUUAUACUAUCCACAAAACCUGAUAACCCGUCUGAAUACAUCCUCAAAUCCAACAUCUACUCAGCUUCAGGACUCUGGCAUCGCUCCGAGGUGAUAAGAGAGGAGAUGCGAGAAAGAGGCUACAGAAAACAUCCUUCUAGAAGCUGGAUAAUCCAUGGGAACAUGAUACACUCCUUUCACGCCCGUGACACAUCCCAUCCGCAAGAGAAAGACAUAUACAGUGGCUUGGAGAUACUGAUCAUGGAGUGUCUGAAAGCUGGAUACGAGCCGGACACUGAGUUUGUUCUUCAGGAGGUUGAUGAGCUUAUGAAGAAGAGUUUCUUGUUUCACCACAGUGCGAAACUGGCCGUGACUUAUGGCAUUCUCACGAACAAGAGUCGGGGAAAGCCGGUUCGGGUUGUGAAGAACGUGAUGCUUUGUGGUGAUUGUCACGAGUUCUACAAAUACGUUUCUGUUGUGGUGAAAAGAGAGAUAGUUUUGAGAGACUCUUCAGGGUUUCAUCGUUUUGUUAAUGGCAAGUGUUCUUGUAAAGAUCUCUGGUGAAUCACAGCAGUUAAGUUGCUGUACCAAAUUGGUUUUGUAGUGUUUCCCGUUUAUAUAAAUUUGUAAGUUGUAAGUUGACAAAAAAUAAAUUGUAAGUUGUUAAUAUACAAGAGUUCUUUUGGUUGGGA